GAGCGCAGCAGCAGAAGAAGACCCCGCAGACCGGAAGUAGAUAGAUACACCGCUGUCCUCCCAGAUGGUGAGUGGUCUUGGGUUCGGUUCUGACGUCGUGUAGUCUCUACCAGCCUCGGUUCUUUGGAGAACAUUUUUCGGAGUGAAAGUAAGAAGCAGAAAAGACGGCAAGCAGCGAACGACGGCAACAUCUAACGGAGGACUCGUCGUUGCCCUGCGGUCUCACACCCUCUCCUCUCCUCUGCCCUCCUCAGUCUGCGGAUCCUGAAGGUCUGGCCGUCUGCAGCUCGUGGACGGACAUGAGCAGCUCUACCCAGAGGAAGAGAAGGGCCACAGAAAGUCCUCAAGUUUCCAGGCCUGGCACCAAGACCAGCAGAGCAGCUCAGUCCAGGACAGCGGUCAGCAGGAGGUGUCAUGCUGGGGCAGACUCCGCCCCCCCUGCAGAGACCAUUGACGUGAUGGACAACACAGACGACGGUGUGGAGGAGGUGGUGGACCUCACCUGUGAGGGAGCAGAAGCUGCUGUGGUGGACCUGACCAACAACAACAACAACGACUCUGUGCUGCUGGUGGAUGAAGAUCCUCAGGGCAGCAGAGUCCCCGCAGGUGAGAGCUACGUCCUGAGCAGUGAUGAAGAUGAGGACACGCCCCCUUUCAGUAGCGCCGCUACCUCCUCCGUCGCACACGCAUUCAGGUCGACGCCGGGCAUGAUCAGCUGUCCGGUCUGUCUGGAUCUGUACUCAGAGAUCGUCGGGAGCGGCCGGUUAGUCGUUUCCACAAAGUGUGGUCACGUCUUCUGCAGCCAGUGUCUGAGAGACGCGCUGACCUCCUCGCACACCUGCCCCACCUGCAGGAAUAGACUCACCUCCCGACAGUACCACCCCCUCUACGUCUGAGCGGGAUGUCAAGCUGCUAUUGGACGCCGCCGUAUCUGCUCUGUGGCGGCAUCACCAGUGACUUUUGCCUUUUCCAGCCGUACGUGCUGUUUGUGGGCGGAGCUGAGCUCGGAUUAGUUUAUGUUGGAAUCAAAUGUGAGAACGACUGGCUGAAGCAAACCUGUAUGAACUCUGCCCCCGGGACACGUGACGGACGCUCCACCACGUUUCAACAUUUAAACAAACUGGAUCCCUUUCGUCCAGGCCGUGUGGACAGACGGCGGUUUAGGUGGGGGGUCAGAGGAGAGCAGCAGCUUCAGCAGUGUCAAAUACAGUGAUUGAAAGCCUGUUUGUCUCUCUUGACUCGUUUGUUUGCAUGUUUUUGCUUGAAUGUUUUGGAGGAAACCUUUCAAAGAAAUCGACACAACAGUAGAAUAUUCUUAAAGUGAUAAAACCUCUUUGGUUUUGUGUGACAGUCUCUCUGCAGCAUCUCUGAUAACCUGCAGGUCUUGAAUCAUGCCACAGAAACCUGCAUUCAGGCCUCAGUCACUCCAGACUUCUCUCUUUAGUGCUCAGAAGAUCUGCUGCUGCUGCUGAUGCAGACCCCCCCAACCUUCAGUCUGAGAUCACAGCCAGAGAACAUUCUCGUCCAGGAGUUUUAGUAGACACAAUUCAUGGUUUAGUUACCACGGCAACAGUCUGCAAGCUGCAAAACGGCCCCAAACCAUCACACCACCACCACCAUGUCUGACUAUUGAUCUGUUCCUACAAUGUUGGUUUCAUGUUUUAAAGCUGCAGAAAUGUUAGAUUGUGGUUAUUGAAAGAAAAAAUGAUGCAGUUUCAUGAAACAUAAUAAAAUGAGCCAAACUUCCUUCUGGAGUCCUCCACA